ACACCUGGAGUUCAACGCGAUGGUUUCUAGGCGGAACCGCGUAGAGGUCGACCUGAUUUGACGUGAUAGGGAUUGUUAGUAAUGAGGACUAACGAUCCUAUUGCUAGCAAUAUACCCUAUCAAGUCGACCUCCACGCGGUUCCCCCUGGAAACUAUUGUGAUUAAUUUUAUUGUUAAAUUAGUCACGAUGGGCCAACUGACCCGCUUCAUGCUUCAUCCCUCACUGGUGCCCCGCCAGCGCAUACCGUUAACGCAGGCGGGAUAACCAUUCCAUUAUCAUCCAUUAAAAAAAAAUACAACCCUUUUUUAUUCGCGAGUUGCGUAAAACUUAAAACAGUUUCAUUUCUCUAUAAAAUUAAUUUAAACAUGUUAACAAUAAUUCCCAAUAAGGAUAUUUCAUUUAUAAUUACGUGAAACAUUAGAAAUAAUUUACUGCACCUAGUCGACAUUAGCCACGGUUCAGCCACUAUUUAAACGUAAAUAUAACUGAUUGGUUACAUUUUACGGUGGGUGUAAACAUGGCGGUUAGAUUUCUCGUAUUUCUUCCCUUUGUCAUCGUAUCAGGCCAACAUCCCGCAGAGUUAUCAGAUCUGAGACUUCCUGACACCAAAUUGUGGAUUGACAAUGAUGAUGAUUUUAAUGCCAUCCACGACAAAAACUCUAAAGAGAUAAAAAUAACUUCAGACUGGCUCUGGAAGUUAAUGAAAGAGUCUAAAUUCCAACUACCAGAAGGAUCAGGCAACGAGGCACUAAGCCAGUACAACGGUCAGGAGUUAACAGAGCAAGAUUACGAUAAAAUAAAUAAAGUUUAUAUAGACAAAUUAAAAUUUAAACCGUGGCACAAUGAAAAGAAAUUGGCGUCCUCUUCCUCGAACGACGUACUAACAUGGUUAGAUAAUGUUGAUAAACCUAAUGAUCAUAAACACGCCAUAAAAGUAUUUUGGGAUCAGGACAUGAGCGAUAAACAUUCUAUUUGGAACACAAAUUUAGGUAGAAAUCAACAUUGGCAUCCAAACACUGUUGGAGAUAAAGAUGCCACUUCAAAAGGACAGACCAUUGAAGAAAUUGAAUCUAUAGAGGAUAAACAGAAAGUAAAUAUCAAUACAAAUAAAUUUGAACAAUUGCCAACAACUAAAAAACCAAUAAAUAACGUAGCCAUUUUUAUUCCAAACAUUAUAAACGAAGAAUCACCAAAAGCGACAAAGGACAUUUCCCUUCAAAAUAAUAAAAAGGAAACUAAAAGACCGGAUUUAGAAGACAAUGAACCGGUAUGGGACGUAAAGAUAUUAGCAAACGAAGUGCUCAGAACUCAGACUACGAGUAUGGUAAGGUACCUUCGAGAGAUAUUGGGGAUUCUAAAGAGAAAUCUUUAGAAUCCCAAUCUCCGUAUCCGUUGUCUAAAACAUCAUCA